AUGUCGACCCAAAGAGUUUUUGCCAGCGUCCUCCCGAGAUUAAGGGUUGCCUCCAGCAAGAAUGCGACAACUUCCCUUGCACAACAGGCACAACAGCUCCGGUGCUACAGCAGGCCGACCGCCACCUUGAGACCUUCCGGUCCGGCCCGGUCCUCGGUGCUCUCCUCCGCCGCUGCCUCCGCCCCCGCCCCUCGCCGUGUAUGUGUACCGGCCACAUCCUCCACUCAACCUCGCACCUUGUCCACCUCAGCCUCACUUUUCCAUGGUCAUGUCGACACCCCAAAGCCAGGUGAAGAGCUUUGGGUAACCUUCAUCGAUAAGGAGGGUGUUGAGACUAAGAUUGCCGUUUGCAAGGGCGACAACCUCUUGGAUAUUGCCCAGGCUCAUGAUUUGGAGAUGGAGGGUGCCUGUGGCGGUUCCUGCGCCUGCUCGACAUGCCACGUCAUUGUUGAGGACCCUGACUACUACGACAAGAUGCCCGAGCCGGAUGAUGAUGAGAACGACAUGCUCGAUCUUGCCUUCGGUCUUACUGAGACCAGUCGGCUGGGCUGCCAGGUCAUCAUGACUCCCGAGCUGGAUGGCCUCCGGGUCAAGCUCCCUCCCAUGACAAGGAACCUUCAGUCGAGCGACUUCAACUAA